AUGGAAAUUGCUGAAGGUGGUACUCAACUAGAAGAUCGUCUAUUUGGUAUUGCAUGUGAAAGUAUUGGUUGUUUCGAUGCAGAAUUUUUAUUAAAUUAUCAAAAUUGGAUUAAUCAUAAUCAUGAAGAAUUUAAAGAAAAAUUUAAGAAUAUCAGAAUGCGUGAUUUACAAGAAAAUAAAAAACACAAUCGUUGGAUUAUACCAUGCAAAGGUCGUACAAUUAAUGAUGAUACCGAAAUUAUUUCUCCAGAGCCAGAGCCAGAGCCACAACCAACAGCAUGUUCACAACGAUGGAGAAUUCCUCAGUGUGCAAUGGCAGCACCGUUCUUUCGUUAUGAACAAUAG